AUGGCCUCCACCCGAGUGCUGCCCUUUGUCCGGGGCGUCGACUUUAGUCACAACAACUUUCAGGAGGAGCACUUUCCGCGGGAGAUCAAGAGCAUGACCGGGCUGCGGUGGCUGAAGCUGGACAGCACCCGCAUCGACUGGAUCCCGGAGGAGUUCGCGGCGCUGGACAAACUGGAGUCGCUCUCCCUCUGCCGGAACAACCUCGUCACGCUGCACGGCGAGCUGGUGACGAUGCCCUCGCUUCGCUCGCUGGUCUUUCGCCGAAAUCACCUGAACAACGCCGGCCUCCCCGCCGACCUCUUCCGCCUGCCGGACCUCUCCGUGCUCGACCUGAGCGCCAAUCAGCUGCUGGCGGUGCCCUCGGAGCUGGAGCGCUGCCGCGGCCUGCUGGUGCUGAACCUCGCCCACAACAGCAUCGAGGUGAUACCGAAUCAGCUCUUCAUCAACCUCACCGAUCUGCUGCACCUCGAUCUGAGCGACAACCAGCUGGGCACACUGCCGCCGCAGAUGCGCCGCCUGACCAACCUUCAGGUGCUGAAUCUGGCCAACAAUCCCGGCCUGGCCCACUGCCAGUUUCGCUCCCUACAGGCGCUGCCCUCACUUCGCUCCCUCAACCUCGCCAACACCGGUCGCACCGUGGCCGCCUUUCCCACCUCGCUCGACCACCUCGCCACCAGCCUGACGGAGCUGAACCUCUCCGCAAACGCCCUCGGCCGCCUGCCCGACGUCCUCGCCACGCUGCACGCCCUUCGCCGGCUGAACCUAAGUGAAAACGGCCUCUCCGACCUGAGCUCCCUUGCCUCGGAGCUCGACACCGCCUGGCCCGCCCUCGAGGUGCUCAAUCUGUCGCGAAAUCGCCUCCAGGCACUGCCUGCCUCGCUCUGCAAGCUGGAACGCCUCCGCCGCCUCUACGUCAACGACAACCAGCUCACCUUUGAAGGGCUGCCGAACGGCCUGGGCAAGCUCUACAACCUUGAGGUCCUCCAGGCGGCCAACAACCGCCUGGAGCUGAUUCCCGAGGGCAUUGCCCGCUGCGCCAAGCUCAAACGCCUGGUCCUCUCCGACAACCUCCUCAUCACCCUGCCGGAGGCGAUCUACCUGCUGACCGAGCUGAAGCUCGACCUGGCCAACAAUCCGCAGCUGGUGCUGCCGCCGAAGCCGGGCGCCGAACAGUUGACGCCGCAGGCGGAAAACGGUGCCGGAGGACGCUCGAACAGCAUUCACAACAUUGACCAGGCCCUGUCGAAUCAGCUGCGAAAGGCCUCCACGACGGGGGCAGCGGCGGCGGCGGGGGCGGGAGCUAACGGCUCUAACGGACUACUGGGGUUGCCCGCCUCUCCGGCCAACUCACCGAAAGACCCGAUCGCGCGUAAGCUGCGCCUGGUUCGCCGAGCCAAGGAGAUGGCCGCCACCGCCGAGGCGGAGGCCAGCUCCGCCAAGGUGCUCAAGGGCAUGACCGACCUGGCGAAUGACCAGCAGGCGGCGGCGGCCGCCGCCUCCGCCUCCGCCUCCGCCUCGAACCUGAUGAAGCUGUACGAGGACGAGCAGAACCUGAAGCCGCGCCGGCUGCUCGACUCGCUGGAGAAGCCGAACCUCGACUACGGCGCCUACUUCGACGAGGACGUCGGCCAGCUGCCCGGCCUCACUAUCUGGGAGAUCGACAACUUCUCCCCCAAACGCCUCAAGGAGGAGGCCCACGGCAAGUUCUACGAGGCGGACUGCUACAUCGUCCUCCACAGCUUCGCCAAUGAGAACUUCAACCUCGACUGGGAGAUCUUCUACCUGAUCGGCCGGGAGGCGAGCCUAGACAAGAAGGCCUGCUCGGCGAUUCACGCCGUCAACCUCCGGAACCACCUCUCCGCCCACUGUCGAACAGUGCGCGAGGAGCAGGGCGAGGAGAGCGACCAGUUUCUCGCCCUCUUUGCCGACCACGGCGGCGUCACCUACAUCGCCGGGGCGCCCCGCGCCGCCAGCGGCUUCUACAUCGUCGAGGAGGUGGCCGUCAGCAGUCGGCUCUACCGCCUGCACGAGCUGCCCAACAGCGUCAGCCGGCAGCUGUACAUGCACUCGGUGCCGCUGGCGGUGGCCAGCCUCGACGAGCGCUUCGUCUACAUCCUCGACACGGGCUACCGCGUCUUUGUGUGGAACGGCGCCAGGGCGAAGUACACCGUCCGGCAGAAGGCCCGCCUGCUGGUGGAGAAGAUGAACAAGGAGGAGCGGAAGGACCGCUCGGAGCUGGUCUUUGCGACGCAGCACGCCGAGCCGGAGGACUUUUGGCGGGCCUUUCCGGAGUUUGCGGAGGCGGCGGAAGCGCUUGACCUGGAGGCGAUCCAGUUCCGGGAUCCCUCCAUCGGGGCGGACAUUUCCGCCUUCACCCCCGCCCCGCCCGUCCUCUACCAGGUCUCCCUGGGCACCGGGUACCUGGAGCUGCCGCAGGUGCAGUACCGGCCGAAGCCGCUCAGCAAGGCGCACUUUGACACGCGACACGUCUUCAUCAUGGACGUGCUCACUGAUGUCUACAUUUGGAUCGGCCAAAAGUCGCCCCGUCUGGUGCGCACCGCCGCCCUCAAGCUCGCCCAGGAGCUCUUCUCGAUGAUCAGCCGCCCGGAGUACGCCGUGGUGACGCGCUGUAUGGAGGGCAUCGAAACGCAGUCCUUCAAGUCGCGCUUCGCCAGCUGGGACGAGAUUUCCGCCGUCGACUUCACCCGGACCGCCGAGUCGGUGCAGAAGAUUGGCGCCGACCUGAACAAGUGGGUGGCGGAGCACUCCACCGCCAAGUACGACCUCUCCGCGCUGUUCAUGCCCCGACAGACGCCGAUCAGCAGGGAGGAGGCCCGUCAGCUGGCCGACGAGUGGAACGACGACCUGGAGAGCAUGGAGGUCUUCGUCCUGGAGGGGAGGCGCUUCAGCAAGCUGCCCGAGGCGGAGAUGGGCCACUUCUUCAGCGGCGAGUGCUACGUCUUCCUCUGUCGGUACUGGGUGCCGGUGGAGCCGCCGGAAGAUCUGGAAAAUCCCACAUCAAACGAAGGAGAGGAAGAGGACGACACUGAGGUGCUCGACGAGACGAAGUCGGUGGUCUACUUCUGGCAGGGCCGCGACGCCUCCAACAUGGGCUGGCUCACCUUCACCUUUGGCCUGCAGAAGAAGUUUGAGGCCUUCUUCGGGGAGAAGCUGGAGGUGGUGCGGAUGCAGCAGCAGCAGGAGAACCUCAAGUUUCUCGCCCACUUUCGCCAGCGCUUUGUCAUUCACCGGGGACGGCGGGCCAGUGUGCUCGCCGGUGCUGCAGAAGUUUCAGAAGAUGGCAUUUCCCGGCUGACCAGACCGGGCGAGGCGGAGCUCUACCAGCUGCGGGCGAACUGUGAUCCGACGACGCUGAGGUGCAUUCAGAUCGGCCAGAACGGAAACAGCAACACCGUCCUCUACUCGGCCUACUGCUACAUCCUCAAGACGCCGCUGAAGAUUCGCAGAUCAUCAGCAGUUGAUGGUGGAGCGGCGGCGGAAGAAGAAGAAGAGGAACUCGAGGAGCAGAAGCGCUGCCUCGUCUUCCUCUGGACCGGCGCCCAGUGCGAUCCGGAGUACGUGGAGAUCGGACGGGAGAUCGCCGCGGGCAUGUUCCCCUCGCCCGCCUACGAGACGCUGACGAUUCGAGAGGGCGAAGAGCCGGAGAUCUUCAAGCGGUACAUUGCCCCCAACUCCGCCAGCAGCACCGGUCCCGGUUCAUUCNGCAUGUUCCCCUCGCCCGCCUACGAGACGCUGACGAUUCGAGAGGGCGAAGAGCCGGAGAUCUUCAAGCGGUACAUUGCCCCCAACUCUACCACUGCAUUUACCGUGGACACCGACUGCAGCUUCAUCGAGCACGUCCGCCUCUUUCGCUGCUCCAACGACCGGGGCUACUUCACCAUCUCGGAGAAGUGCACCGACUUCUGCCAGGACGACCUGGUGGACGAGGACAUCAUGAUACUGGACAACGGGGCGCAGGUCUUCAUCUGGCUGGGCGUCCGCUGCAGCGAGGUGGAGGUGAAGCUGGCCCAUAAGAGCGCCCAGGUGUACCUCCAGUCGAUGAAGGCGAAGCAACCGGACCGGCCCCGCACCCUGAUGCUGACGAUGAAGGGCAAGGAGACGCGGAAGUUCACCAAGUGCUUCCACGGCUGGUCGGCCUUCAAGGCGAUCAAGGACCCGCGGAUUCAGCUGGAUCGGGCGAUGUUGCCGGUGAUCUACGAGCAGACGGGCCUCUCGGCGAAGGUCAAGGCCAAGGUGGAGCGCGAUCAGCAGUGUUAA